AUGAUGAAUGGAGGAGACACUUCCAUGCCAAAUGACCUAAUUCCAGAGAUACUAUCUAGAUUGCCAGCAAAAUCAGUCGGGAGGUUUCGUUGCGUGUCGAAGCAGUGGGGAUCCAUACUUAGCCGCCAAGACUUCACCGAGUUGUUCUUAUCCAGGUCCUCGGCUCGCCCACGUCUCUUAUUAGCCCUCCAACGAGCCAACGGUGAGAUGCUAUUAUUCUCGGCGCCUCAGCCUCAGAAUCCAUAUGAGAAGUCUCUUGUAGUCACUGCCGAUUAUCAUAUGAAGUUCCAUGGAGAUAUGCAUGGCUACAAUAUGUGUAACUUCGCCUCUGGUUUGAUCUAUUUCCCUGGUUUCACUAUCCCAGAGUGUGGACAAUGUUUUAACUUACCUGAUGUAUACAGCUACAAGUCGACAAGCUAUUUAGGGUUUGAUCCGAUUGACAAGCAAUUCAAGGGGAUAUGCAUUAAUGGGGUUUUGUACUAUAUGGCUGAAAAAAACGAUGAGUUAUGUCCUGUUUUGAUAGUUUGCUUUGAUGUCAACUAUGAGAACUUCAAGGCAAUUGACGCGGAAUGCUUUGGAGAUAAGUAUGCUACUAGAUUAAUCAACUACAAGGGUAAAUUAGGUGGGGUUAAUUUGACGUAUGAUGAUGAUGACGCCAUUGUGUUGACUAUGUGGGUUUUAGAGGAUGCUGAGAAGCAGGAAUGGUCGAACUAUGUCUACACUUUGCCUAAACAUGAAGUUCAGGUCUACAAUGUUUUUGUCGUUGGGAUGACUGCUAGAGGUGAAAUAGUUUUGGCAGAGAAUUUUACAUCCAAACCGUAUAAUGUUUUCUUCUUCAAUCCAGAAAGGAAUUCUCUCCAAAGUGUUGAAAUCCAAGGUGUUGGAGCUAAUGGUGAAGCGUUGGAGACUGAUUGUAAAGUUUUCGCCUUUGUAGACCAUGUAGAGGAUAUUGGUAUCAAAAUCCAAGUCCCAAAUUACAGUACAGAAGAAGAUGAAGAUAAUGAUGAAUACGGAAACGAAGACAAAGAUGGAAACGAAGACAAAGACGGAUACGAAGAAAAAGAUGAAGACGGAGACGGAGACGGAGAUGGAAACGAAGACAAAGAUGGAUACGGAUAUGAAGAUGAAUAUGGAUAUGAAAACGAAUACGGAGAUGAAUAUGGAUAUGAAGAUGAAUACGGAGAUGAAGACGAAAACGAAAACGGGGACCAAGAUGAAUACGGAGAUCCAUGGUAUCCAUACGGGUACUGGUAUCCACACGGGUACGGGUAUCAUCCUUACUGGUAUCAUCCUUACUGGUAUUAUUCUUACGGAUAUCAUUUUUACGGGUAUCAUCCUUACGGGAACGGAUAUCGUUACGUAUAUUAUCCAUAAGGGUACGGAUACGGAGAUGGAUAUGAUCAAGAAGAAGAGAUUCAGAGAGGCGUGUGGGAGAGCUGAAACAAGGUUUUAAUUCAUAAGUUUUUUUUUAUCUUUUGUUUUGUAAUUCCAUGUCUCUUCAAUAGUUCUAAAAUUAAUCGAGUUUUUUUUU